AACUUUUUUGCAGUUCCACAGGGACAGAAGAAGUUUUAUAUUUCGCCCCCUUUCAAACUAUCGAAAAGCUUCCCAUUUCCAUUCCUCAUCACAUACUGAAGUUUCUUCACGCUCUCUAUCCGAGAGCCAUAUUUCCUUUCAAAAAAUAGAUCUUGGUGGACUUUGUUACAAACAUUUAUGUUCGUCGUCUUCAUCUCAAUAAUAUAUAAAUAUAUAUCAAGCCUACAGACUAAUAUUUUAUUUUAUUUUAUUUUUUUUCUUUCAACAGCUCGCAUUUUGGUAGUAUAGUCGCACAUCCAACUUCUUCCAUAUUUGUUUCAAAAACUUUGCGUAUAGUUUUACAGUUAGUUACAUUUUAAACUCCAACUUAAUUUGAACUUUCAAAAUCUUUCCUUUUUUUUUAAAACGAUCACAAUGAGAGAAUCAAACUUUUCGUUUCCUUCACAAAACCGUGCGUCAGUUUGCAUUACUGCUGCUCUUUAUGAUAGAAGAGCACUUGACUGCACAGCCAUCUUACCUUUAAUUAACUCCUUAACACAUCUCACCUAUUUAACGAGUACUUCACCACGCAUCCGAGAGAUUCUCACGAUGGAUGGGGGGUUAGAACGCUUGGUCCGUAUCCUUAAAACUACUAAAGUGAACGAUAAAAGAAGUGGUUGGAAGUGGUCUAUGGCAUUUCAAUGUGUCGCUAACGUUGGAGUACGAGGUUCUGAGACAAUCAGGACCAGAGUUGUGGACGCUGGUAUGGUACCGGUUAUUAUAACCGUAUUGGACAAUUUUUUAAAGGCACUUGAUCAUGUUAGGUUGGAGAAAGAACAACAGCAAUUACUUGCUGCACAGUUGCUUUCAACUCAACAUCCAUCGCUGAUAACAACAACAACAACACCAUCCCCUUCAAUGCCUCUUGCGGCCGCUUUUGUUGGAGCUUUAGAAAAUGCUGCUGCUUCUACGAAUAGGUUUCUAGCAAAUGUCACAACACCUUAUGAUAUAAGAUCGUCUGAUGAUGCAAGAUCGGAUGUUGCAUCUUGGGGUUCAGUUGCAGAUAAUGAAGAAAUGACCACUACAAUGCCACAGCUUCCAUCGACAAUUACAGGCGGUUCCGGAGCAAAUAUAACUCCAAGUUUGCGACCAUCACAGCUACCGAGUAAUACGAAUAACAAUUCAACAAAUCCUACUUCGCAAUCAUCAACUUUGGAAAUUGACGUUCUUUACCGUGAAGAAGAUAUUCUUCUGUCCCUUCAACUACUGGCCUACCUUUCAAAAUAUCCUCAUUUACGCGCAACUUUUCACACAGCUUAUCCGCCUCAUAACGUAUUUUCUCUUGUGGAGAAAUUCACCCAUCGCCUCCAUCCCGCAGAAAUUCAGUACUGGGCAGGUGUUAUUAUGCGUAAUGCUUGUCGUAAGGAUGAAGCUCGCGGUGGAAUCCGUCAAUGCGCUUAUAUGGCUUGUGGUAAAUGGGAAAGCUAUCCAAGAGAAUUUGCUAAAUGUCGGAGAUGCCGUAAAGCUAAAUAUUGCUCUAAAGCAUGUCAGUCAAAAGCAUGGAGCGAGGGACACAGGUGGUGGUGUAUGGAACGACAUGGUCAUGGAGAUACAGAUAGUACAUCUGCAAAUGGUCAAUCAAAUUCUAAUGGAACUUCGUCAAGUUUGGGCGGGCAUCGUUCUCGUUCAACAAAUUUUGGACACUCCACAGAUAGCUUAGCAAGGUCAACAACGAAUCGUGAAGCAACGCCAACGACGGUGACGACAGGUGCGACAUCUCACGGCCGUGGUUCUUCUGGAUCAGGAUCAGUUCUAGUAUCAUGAUGGUAUUUGUGAUAAAUAAGUUUCGGAAUAGGAUGGGGCCAAUUAAUUAUAUAUAAAUAUAUUUUCUUUUGCAUAUAUUUGAUUUGAUUUCUUUUUUUUUUUUUGUUUUUAGUUAGAUUUAGUCAUUCCGAUUUUAUUAUUUCAUUGUUUAUAUUUUUUCUGGUAUGUAGAUUAUUCACAUGGAAUAAUUGAUUGUGGUUUUUUAUCAUCAUAUCAAUUUCAUAAAUUUGAGUUUGGGAUACUAUAUUUAAGUAGAAGAAACGGAGUUUUUGUUUGACGUGCUUGAAAUUUGUUCUUUUGUAAUUUUUUUAGAUUAUUAAUCAUCUGUAAUAUUUUUUUUUUUUUUU